AUGGCUCAGAACUGUGGUCAAAGACUUGCUCCUCACGACCAAGUCCUGGCUUCAUACUUGGCACACCUCGACCUAGGGGAUGACCACGCUCGAAGUGCCCCUGCCGCUCCUGCCGCUGCCACAGCUGCUGUGCGUGGCAGCAGUGGGGGCAGCAGCGGCAGCAGCAGUAGAGGCGGUCUCGGUCGUGGUGGGAGUGUGUUAAGAGGAAGUCGAAGCGGAGUCACAAGCUCUCACCAUAGCACUCACAAAGCUGUUCCUUCCCCUGCUGCCGGCAUUGACCAGCUAGUCUGUAUCGACACGGAACCUACCAACACUAGCGCAAUAGCCAGUACAAGCCAUGCCAAAGGCUUCGAAGCCAUGCGUAUGGUUGCUGAACAACAAGGCCAAGUCACGCAUGCACCUCACGAACAAGUAAUCUCACGAUUUGCAAGAGAAUUCUACAACCUGCCGUCGAAUUAUGCCGGCGACCCGUUGAACCUUCGCAACCAAAGCGCACCAGUCAAAGACUGCGAGAAUACUGCGCUAUUCAUCACUGGGCUUCCGGCCAAUUGCGAUCAUACUCUGCUGCUUAAAGCUGUUGCUGGCUGUGCUCCAGUGGGCAAAGUAUAUGCCGCAGUCAUUAACGCUCCAAAGCCGAUUGAAGGCCGGCUUCUUACCGCAGCUAAGUUGGUGUUUUUUGACCGCGCUGGCGCCGAGAAUUGCUUCAGAGCCAUCAAGCAGAGAAGGCUCAUUGUCGGAGGACACCGUCCCAGAGUUGUAUGGAACCGGAUCAAGUCGGCCGCACAGCCCAACACCGGCAGGUCCCGAGUCAUCCUAAUUCGAGGCCCAUCUGAGCUGGUCAGGCGCGAUAUGCUGGAUCGCUGGUUCUCCAAGAAAUUCAGUUACCAGACUGAGGAUGUUCUAGAACGCCGAGUACCACAAGCCGGAGUCACAGUGCUUGAAUGGCGGUUCGGAAGCUUCCGAGCCCAAGCGGAGGCCGCCACAAUGUACAUGAGUGAGAACGAGCUCGAGGGCACGAAGCUAGAAUGGCGUUGGGAAGUAGACCCCUGUGCUCGAUCUCAACUCCAAGCUCAGGUGUAA